CCAAUCUUCAAUCCCUAAUCUGCGACAUCAAUAUCGUCCAGAGCUAGAAGAUCAAAUAAAAAAAUGUCCGCCGUCGAAUUAAACCCACGACCCGUCCGGGUUUCACCCUUCAUCAAGUUUUCAAGGUGGUCAUUAUUAACAGCUGGAAUAUUUUAUGGAAUAUUUUGGCAAAAUCGUAAUUCUAAGAAAGAAGCGGCAUUCCAGGAAGUUGAAGUAAAACGCAAAGCUAUUAGAGACAAGCAAUUAGCUGAAGAAAAGAAACGUCUUGCUGAAGCUGAAAUGAGAGAAUUGGAAAAGAUGAUGAAGUAAAUGUAUAAAAAUAAAAAAUGCCACAUCUAUAGUCAAAUUUUCAUUUACAAUAAAAAUAUGAUAAUUAUUUAUAAUUAUUGUUAAAGUUAAUGAUAUUGUCAUUAUUGACAUGAUGAUAAUAUAAUUAAAUAUGUAAAGAAUUAUUAAAAAAUAUAUUACGUGGUAAAUGUA